UAUGUGCGUCAUUUGAUAAAACUUCCACACCGACAGAUUGUUGUGGUUUUAAGUAAAUUUAUUGGUGAGCCGUAGCAGAGUGAAUUGUGCUAACACGAAAAAUGAUUGCAUCUACGUGAACGAAAAAUAUAAUAAUCGGGAAUAUGAGUUGUAAAACAGAAAACUCCGAAACCGUCGAAUAUAGCGGGAAUAGAUUUACCAAGAGAUUGAAAUUAUUGGAGUCGUUGAUAUUUCAAAAAGGGAUAACAAAUGGAAUGCUAACGCUAAAAAGUUAUUUGCAAGAAAAGACAGAACUCCUUUCGAAUCUCGACGGAAAAGCUGUUUCGAUUGAGACAUUACUGGACGCUCUGCUAGUAUUGUAUGAUGAGUGCUGUAAUUCAUCAUUGAGGCGAGAAAAAACGUUAGCCGAUUUUAUAAAACUGGUGAAACCAGUUGCAACAUUGAUUAAGCAGCUUCGACUAUCUAGAGAUGACUUUGAAACGAUCAAAAUUAUUGGCCGAGGAGCAUUUGGUGAAGUGUGUGUUGUUCGCAUGCUAGCAACUCAGCAGAUAUUCGCCAUGAAAACCCUAAACAAAUGGGAAAUGCUUAAGCGUGCGGAGACUGCGUGCUUUCGAGAAGAACGCGAUGUUUUGGUUUAUGGUGAUAGGCAAUGGAUAACAAAUUUGCAUUAUGCGUUUCAGGAUGAUAGCAAUUUGUAUCUUGUUAUGGAUUAUUACUGUGGAGGCGACUUGCUGACUCUUUUAAGUAAAUUUGAGGACCGUUUGCCGGAGGAUAUGGCCAAAUUUUAUAUUGCCGAAACGAUUUUGGCGAUAGACAGCAUACAUAAACUGCAAUAUGUACAUCGAGACAUAAAGCCGGACAAUUUGGUACUCGACAUGAAAGGACAUAUUCGCUUAGCUGAUUUCGGUUCUUGUUUGCGUAUUGGGCCAGACGGUAUGGUGCAAUCUAACGUCGCCGUUGGUACUCCCGAUUACAUUUCACCUGAAAUACUCCGAGCAAUGGAAGAUGGCCAGGGUAGAUACGGAGCUGAAUGUGACUGGUGGUCUCUUGGUGUAUGUAUGUAUGAAAUGUUGUACGGUGAGACACCGUUUUAUGCGGAAAGUCUUGUGGAAACCUACGGAAAGAUAAUGAAUCAUCAAAAUUGCUUCGAUUUUCCGCCACAAGAGAGUUUGGACUAUAUUGUGUCGGAAGCAGCAAAAGAUUUGAUGCGAAAACUCAUUUGUGCACCUGAAAAUCGAUUGGGGCAAAAUGGAACUGAUGAUUUCAAAAGUCAUCCAUGGUUUGCUGGCCUAGAUUGGGAUAGCCUUAGAUACAGCCAGGCUCCCUAUAUACCCGAAGUAUCAAGUCCAACGGAUACAUCCAAUUUCGAUGUAGAUGACACAGACAUACAUUUAUCGGACACUAUGCCACCGGCAGCAAAUCUUGCCUUUUCUGGCCUGCACUUACCAUUCAUUGGAUUCACUUUCACGCAAUGUAGUUCUUUAUCGGAUUUAGGAAAAGUAGAAAAUGCUUGUAGCAAUUUUAAUAACGAUGUAGAUAGAACUAUGAACCUUGAAAUCACGGAUGAAAAAUGUAAUCUAAUUGAAGAAAUAAAUACGCUGAAAAAGAAAAACUAUGAACUUGAGCAUAAAUUAAAAAACCUCGAAAUUAUCGAGAAAGCAACUUCCGAUGAAUGUAACGCCUCAUAUUUAUUACGAAUGAAGGAGUUGGAACAAGAGUUGAACGAUGUGAAGCGGGAAAAGGGUCAUGCAACAAAAGAGUACAGCGAAGCGCUAGAUCGAAUAAAGGCUCAAGAAACUGAAUUGAAAGAUGCAAUUUGCCAACGCAAAUUGGCGAUGAUGGAAUACGCAGAGGUUACCGACAAAUUAUCCGAAUUACGUUCUCAAAAACAAAAACUAUCACGACAGGUUCGUGAUAAAGAGGAAGAACUUGAAGCGGUUAUGAAAAAAAUAGACAGCCUUCGAAACGAUCUUCGAAAAGCUGAUAAAAAUCGGAGGGAGCUUGAGCUACGAGUGGAGGAUGCAAUGACGGAUGCGGCAAAAGAGAAGAAACAAAGGGAACGCUCUGAGGAAUUUUGUCGCCAGUUACAAUCAGAACUGCGUAGUAAAAGUAAUUCAGAUACAAGCUCCGCCUUUCCAGCCAAUGAACCCUCAAGAUAUGAAAUCGAACGAAUCGAAGUCCAAUAUUCUGAAAAACUAAAUCAACAACAAACGCGCUAUAACAUGGAAAUAUCAGAGCUGCGAGAACAGCUGAUGGAAUCGGAAAAGAAUCGAGAUUUCUUAAUAAUGGAACUACAAAAAACUCGUGAAAAGUGUGAUAUAAGUAGAUUAGAAUCUCAAAAUGAUACUGUGGACACUUUAAGUGAGCAAAAAAAGAUGUACGAACAAGAAAAAAGCAUUUGGAUAGAGGAAAAAAGAAGGCUUUUAUCAGAAAUGGAAAAUUUAAAUCAAGCCAUAAGGCAACUACAAACAAAACAAGUCGAAGAUCAAAGCAAUAGCGAGGAAUUAAGGUCAAAACGACAAGCAAUUAUGCAAUGGGAACGUCAGAUGUCGGAAAUAAUACAGUGGGUAUCGGAUGAAAAAGAUGCUCGAAGCUACUUACAAGCUUUAGCAACCAAAAUGACUGAAGAAGUUGAAUAUCUAAAACACUCAGAUAUAUAUGCGUAUGCACAUAUAGGAUCAUUUCAACAAACCUACGAUACGAAAAAUUGGCGUAAUAGACGUUCACAAAAACUCGAUAAGAUGGAGUUAUUGAAUUUGCAGAGUUCACUUCAGGCUGAGAUUCAGGCAAAAACGCUUAUUUCGGAAGAACUAAGCCGAACGCGAGCAGAAUUGAUUGCAACUCAAAAGGAUCUUCGUGAGAGCCGCAACCGCUGUGAUUCUGCAUUGCAUGAGCUUCAUCACAAGGAAAAUGAAAUUCGGGACAUACAAAAAUCAUUAGAAACUUCUGAAGGAUUUUUGGAAAUAACUGAUAUUGAUGCUGACAGUAAUAUCUCCAGGGACGUUAUGGGUAGCUCAUUUAAUAACAAUAUGUCACUCGGGAAUUUGAAGCAAAACCCAAAUUCUUCUGCUACUUCAAGUAGCUCAUAUGCGAUGCGAUAUCCUCAAAACUCCAAGCUUGAAUCUCUUUAUCCAUAUUAUAUGGUAGAGAAGAAGCAUUAUCUGUCGACAGAUUAUAAAAACGAACAGGACAAUAAUGAAUUGGACGACAUUCACGGGCAUCAUAGCAAGUCAAGCUCAAAAAGUAGCCUUAGUGUAAAGCCUAUUGAUCUGCAUUCCUCGAAUGUACCAACAACAAAAGUGCAUCAGUUUUUGGUUAGGACUUUCAGCAGCCCAACAAAAUGCAACCACUGUACUUCACUGAUGGUUGGCCUCACUAGGCAGGGCGUUGUAUGUGAAUUCUGUGGCUUCGCUUGCCACACAAUUUGCUGCCAGAAAGUUCCUACAAUAUGUCCUGUCCCAAUUGAUCAAACGAAACGUCCUUUAGGCAUCGACCCGACCCGAGGAAUCGGCACAGCAUAUGAAGGAUAUGUAAAAGUGCCAAAGAUGGGCACGAUCAAAAGGGGGUGGGUACGUCAAUUUGUGGUCGUGUGCGACUUCAAGUUGUUUUUAUAUGAUAUAUCGGCGGAAAGAAGUGCUUUACCUAGCGUGAACGUCUCACAAGUUUUGGACAUGAGAGAUCCUGAGUUUGCGGUCGCCAGUGUUCGAGAGAGCGACGUCAUACAUGCUACGAAAAAAGAUGUGCCAUGUAUAUUUAGGAUUAAGACAUCUUUAAUUGAAGGAGGGCCAACUUGUAAUACGCUAAUGUUGGCGGAUAAUGAAACCGAGAAGAGGAAAUGGGUAGUUGCUUUGGGCGAAUUGCAUCGCAUUCUAAAACGUAACAAUCUCCCCAAUACAGCUAUUUUUAAAGUGCAAGAAGUACUUGAUAGUUCUCUUACUAUUGUGAGAAGCGCUCUAAGCUCUGUAAUCGUUUAUCCUGAUCAGUUUUUAUUGGGUACAGAGGAUGGCUUAUAUUGUGUUAAUCUGGAACAAUAUGAAAUAAUUCGUAUUGGUGAGAGUAAGAAGAUUAUUCAAAUGUGGUAUGUUGAGGAAGAGCACAUUCUAGUCAUUUUGUGCGGCAAGCAAAGACAUAUACGUUUACUUCCAAUAAGAGCAUUAGAAGUUAGCGACGUGGAAUGGAUAAAAGUUGCUGACUCCAAAAAUUGUAUCGCAGCAUGUACCGGCGUGAUUCGUCGUUCUCCGACUAAUGUAUAUGCGUUCGUGGUAGCACUAAAACGUCCAACUAAUCAAACACAAGUAGUGGUCUAUGAAAUAAAUCGUAAUCAUUUGCGGCAUCAAAAAAUGUGCGAAUUCACCGUCGCGUAUCCGGUGCAGAGUCUUCAAAUUUUGUCAGAUAUUCGGCUUGUUAUUGGACAUCAAAGUGGAUUUACUGCCUAUUAUUUGCAGGGCGAAGCGACGACUACUUCUUUAAUACAUCCGGAAAAUCAACUGUGUGCCUUUUUAAAUUAUUCGGGCGUUGAUGCUGUUCGUGUUAUUGAAAUACAAUGUCCCGGAGGAAUUUUCGGGGAAUAUUUACUGGUGUUUCAAACCUUAGCUAUUUAUGUGGAUCUACAAGGCAGGAAAUCGCGCGAUCGAGAAAUAACAUAUCCAGCUAACCCAACUCACAUAACAUAUUUGGAUGGGCAUUUGCUGGUUUUUUCGGAAACACACGUGGAUAUUUUCAAUACACAAACUGCAGAGUGGGUUCAGUCCAUUGGACUAAAGCGGGCACAACCAUUAGGACCACAAGCAAAUUUUGUUUUAACGUAUGUUAACGACGCUCCGAUAAUUGUGUAUUUAGCUAAUAUACAUACAAAAGAAUUAAUUCAUAUGUGUUCUGCCGAGAAAUCUGGAUCUAAAAAUCCACAGCGCCGAUUUUCCAUUCGUGAAGUAAAUAAAUCAUUUAAAAGCACCAGCGAUAGAAGAUCGAAAAUGAUAUCAGCGCCAACGAAUUUCAAUCACAUUUCGCAUAUGGGACCAGGUGAUGGUAUACAAAAUCAGCGACUUUUGGAUUUACCCACGACCAUAGAAACGGCUGAUCAAAUAAGUAAUCAAUCGUUCAUCAUACGUCAAUCUUCUCUUACCCCACAUUCUGCAGCACGACAAGCGAUAAAUUCUCAAAAUGGAAACCCGCAGAAAACUCAUUCUAUUGAUCAACAGUCGGAGCAGCUUCAUGCACAGGCCCGUUCUCCAAGCCCUGUUUCCAAUUUGAGUUCGCCAAAGGAUCCAUCGGACGUUCAGUCCUAUUUGCCGUUUUAAGAUUUUGCAAUGUAUUAUUUUUAUAUUUAUUUAUUUUUUGUUUCACUUUUUUAAAUAAAUAUACUCAAAUAUAUUUAUAGGUGUAUUUAUGUUGGAAAAAGAUGCUUCGUAACUUGGCGAAGGUUUGCCAACUUGCAUACACACGGCUUAUUUACCACCAACUUGUAGCGGUUGGCCGACCGGUUGGCCUACAAAUCAAUGCAUGUGUAGGGCCUUUGAUAGCCAUUGCCUAGCGUUAGUACGCUAUGUUGCACAAAACCACCUCCAGAGGUCGUCUUCGGCGUUUUAAAAUAGAAGAUGCGCUGUGAUUGGCCAUUGCCUAGCGGUAGUACGCUAUGUUGCACAGAACCACCUCCAGAGGUCGUCUUCGGCGUUUUAAAAUAGAAGAUGCGCUGUGAUUGGCCAUUGCCUAGCGUUAGUACGCUAUGUUGCACAAAACCAUUCCAGAGGUCGUCUUCGGCGUUGUAAAAUAGAAAAUGCAGUCAUUGGGCUAGGCUUCUAAAUCGCAAUAAUAUUAUCGAUGUUUCGAAAAAUUACAUCGAUGGUAGUUCGAUAUAUCGCAUUAAAACAUCGAUGUUUUUAGGAAAGUUUGCUAAUUGUGGAAUUUGUUAUAUAUAAAAUUUGAUUUAACACACGAGAAAACAGCGAGACUGUGAAGCAGCAGAAAUUGUAAGCCUUUCAGCCGCGAAUUUAAAAUUUAAGGAUUUGACUAUUUCUCAAGUGCUAGGUAAGAAAAAUUACAUUCUCGCCACCGUAUUAUUAUGUGUAUAAAUUCUUCGCGAUCAUUUUCAAGUUUUUUUUCUCUUUUUGCUUUGAAUAAAACUGUAUUAAAAAUACUAAUACUAAUAAAAAUGCUAAUAGAAUAUGUGGUACCGCCCACUUGUUUCGUAUAUUUGUAACUCUAAAACUACUUCACCUCAUAAUUGAAGUGUUUUGUAAGAAAAUAAAAUGGUAAAACUCGUCUGUUUUUAAUUAAAUUUUAUUAUAUAGGGCUUUAUCUAUAUUAUUAUUAUUAUUAUUGAGCAGUAUUGGGCUUGUCCCACUCGUGACAAAAUAAAGCUAAAAGUUAUAUUUAAAUACAGAAGUGGAAAUUUAUGUAGUGUACUGCCAGCCUGUCACCUUUUAAUCUAAUAAAUUAAAUUUAAAUUUUUUAUUUAUGGCUCUCUGCAGAUUUUACUCGCGUGAAAACAGCGAGACUGUGAACCAGCAGAAAUUUAGACGUUACAAACUUGCAACAAACUUAAUUUUUCGUCAAGAGUCGCAAAAGGCCAAUUGGCGAAAGCAGCAAAGAAGGUGAUUGUAAUAAAACAACCUGUUCCGUGGUGAAAAAAAGCUUUGCGACCAUCAUGUAAAAAUUCCGAUGUAUAUUACCAAAUGCAAAAGGAUGUGGAGGAAAUGUCUUGUCUAUACGUCGAAGUAUCGAGACAUGUUCACACUCAUGAAAAGUUGGGAACAACGAAACUUUGAACCCAUAAAUUUUCUGGAAUGUUAUUACCACUUGAUGCUAAAGAAAGAAAGCGAACUAUAUAAUCGACGGAGAAUAUAAUAAGCUGCGAAAAAACUCUAGUUGUACGAUAGGUCGUAUCGGUCGAUUUUAUUUGUGGAAAACGCGAAUAAAUAUUUGACUAUGAUCCAUAACAAUAUUUGGAUGCACGGUUAUACUCGGCUCAGAAAAUAUUUCAAAUUUGAGGAAGAUAAAAAAAGGUAUAUACUGCAUUGAGCUACCUUUUCGAUAAAAAUUCAAAAAAUAUUCCAGAUGAAGCGUUACUUGAACGUAUGCGUUCCGAUUUAAAAUGGAACGGAAAUUAACUACACGAAAUUGAGAAGGUCAAACUAUUUUGGUCUUCUAUCGAAUUAUUUUAUAGCCUGCAACGGUACAGUGAAAUUAAGGUAAUAAAAAAUGUUUCACUAAUACCACAACUAAAACACGGUUUACAUCACGUCAGAUACGACCGACUUGCUUUCUAUUGUGUCGAUUAAAAUUUUUCAAAGGAUAAUUUUCUUCCUUCGAUAAAAGUGAAUUUGGAAAAUAUUUCAAAAUUUACUAAAACGUUUUCUUCACUUCAAACCGAUGGCGUCUCCAUUUUAUUUUGCAUGGAAAAGCAAAUAACACUACAAAACGAAACUAAGCUAGUAAAAAAGAGAAAACUAAAAGAUAAAGAAACGGAUUUUGAAGGUGAUUUAAUAAAAAUACGUGCAACAAAGUACAAAAACAAAAUUGGCCUAGAUCGUGGGUGUCGGCUCAUUUUAGCUGGAAUCCAGAACAAGGUUCCUGUCAAAAUAAAAAAUACAUAUUACCAACACCUUGCUGGUUUAUUUCCUCGCAAAAUAAAGCUAAAUAAAUAUAAGAAAGAUUUCACCACAAAAUCAGAAUUGUCUGCAAAUUUAUCGAACUUUCGUCAAUAUGGCAAGUUUCAGCUUGAAAUACUGGAACAAAAACAAAAAAUCUUCUCGCAAAGAAAGGUGGCUCGGCUGAAGUAGUACAUUUGCCGUCAAUAAGCCUGCAACCACAUUGCGAAACGACUGGUACCGAACGGAGAAGAUAGUACGUUAAUAUGUAUAGGUUCAACCGAUAUCGCUGCGAACUCGCCAAUAUGCGGAUCUCGGCGUACACCUAACCGUCUACUUCUAACAGCUUCAAAACAACGCAAAGCAGACAUCCUUAUGGUGAACGAAUUCCGAACAGCAAAACUUUGUGCCAAGUGUUACUACAUAAACCUGACGUCCAAAUCGCCCCACAGGUACAAAUUUUGCCCAAAUUGCGGUACCUGUUGGAAUCGAGACGUCAAUGCUGGGAAAAACAUUCUCUACCUGGGAGAAUGUAUAAUCAAUCA